AUGUCUGUUGUGAAAGCGCUGGCCGAAAAAGGACACAACGUUACAGUGGUUACUUUACUCAAACCGAAAAUAUAUCACGAAAACAUAACAAACAUCCUAAUUCCACCGACGGAGAACAACCAAGCAAAAUAUGAAUCCUGGGUGGCCGAACUUUCAAAUGGCAAAUCGAAUAUUUUACAUGGCUUAGUAGUGUUGUUAACAACGAAUCGAGUGAAAAUCGAUAUGCAAUUUGAAGCUUAUGUAGACAAACGAUUUACCGCACUCUAUGAAAAUAGCGACAACCAGUUCGAUGUGGCCAUAUUGGGGUAUGCCCUCAACUACUACCAGCUGGCGAUUGGGGCGAAAUUCAAUUGUCCCAUCAUAGUGAGUUGGGUGCAACAGCCUAUGGAAGGCGUAAAUGCUUUGGUAGGAAAUCCCCGAGAGAUUUCAUAUGUAACCACGUUGAUGAACGCCAAGGCAACCGGAGAGGCGUGGAAUUUUGCCAAACGUUUGGAAAAUUAUCUUUUUGGUACCAUCUUAAAAGGAGUAACGCUUAUUAUUGAUCAUUUGAUGAGUGGAUAUUAUAGUAAACUCACGGCAGUGGACCCAAAUUUGCCAACAUUCGAAGCUAUGAAAAGAAAUGUUUCGCUUGUGUUUUGCAACAGCCAUUACAGUGAAGGACCUAUAAGACCACUCACACCAGCAACCGUGCUGAUAGGAGGCAUACAGAUCAAAGAAAAACCAGAUCCACUUCCAAAGAACAUUGCAGACUUUCUUGCUGCUUCGCAACAGAAUGGCGCCAUUCUCUUCAGUUUGGGCUCCAACAUUAAAGACUCACAUAUUAAACCCGAAAUAUUGCAAAUCAUUUAUAAGGUACUUUCUUCGCUCAAACAAAAUGUGAUUUGGAAAUGGGAGAAUUUAGCGAAUACACCGGGCAAUGCCUCGAAUAUACUCUACCAAAACUGGCUGCCACAAGACGACAUCCUCGCUCAACCUAACUUAAGGCUAUUCAUCACACACGCCGGAGCAGGUGGCAUUGCGGAGUCUACCUUUCAUGGUGUACCGAUGGUUGCGAUUCCAAUAUUUGCAGACCAACCAGCAAAUUCGCUUAAAAUUGUGUUGGAAGGGUUUGGUGUGGAAGUGGAUUUUAACCAACUGACUGAGAGAGCAUUUCGAAAUGCGAUCUCUGAGGUGCUCACAAAUCCCAGCUACGCAAAUAAAGUGAAAGCGUUCUCUAGGCUAUAUGGCGACCGUCCGAUGAGCGCCAGGCGAAGUGUAGUCUAUUGGACGGAAUAUGUGAUACGACAUCGUGGUGCUGCGCAUAUGCAGAGUCCUUUGGUGAAAAUGAACUACAUUCAAAGCGUCAAUUUAGAUGUGUAUUUGCUCAUUUUGGGUACACUUUUCGUUGUUUUCAAAUUGCUCCAAUUAGCGUGGAGAUAUUUGUGGAGUAAGGUAUUUGAUGAGAAGAUAGCAAAAAAGCCGAAAGGGAAGAGAAACUAA